ACUAACAUAGAACAUUGCCCAACAAACCCCGAAACACAUUAAACAAACACACCCUGCCAUGUCCUGACCAAACUGCAAUAACAAAUAACCUCUUUACUGGUCAGGACGUGACAGUUACGAUCUGGUCAUCCACACAUUUCUUUUCAGAUCCCAAUACCACCCUUGUGUAGCCGUUGGAUGUAAAUACACAGCCCUGGUAGCUCGCCAGGUCCCAUUACAAAACUAUUAAUUCACUUUCUACAUUUUCCAGCUCUUGUACUUUCUGCAUUUAUAAACACAGUGCAGAGAAUAGAGCAAAGUUCACAUAGAGCAAAGUUCACAUACAGUUACGAUCUACCAUUACUGCAUUGUGAGGUGAUUUCCCACAGUUAAAGUCCUGCAAUAACAGCUAUGACACUAAUAAUUGUGUAAUCUCUUCACAGUAAGUCACUCUGGAUAAGAGCGUCUUCUAAAUGACGUAAAUGUAAAUGUAAAUGUACAUUUCAUGGACCCAAUAUCCAGAGGUAACGCUGUACAGUAAAAUAGAAGUAUGUCCCAAAUCAAUUAUAAUACAGCCACAGUGCGACUUCAACUAUAUUUUGUGUGUCAAAUUAACUACUUAUUGUCUUUUGUUUAAUUCAUAUAACAACAUUCUAACCUUGUUUAGCAUGAUCUAAUCCAAAAAUGGCAUUAUAUCCACUAUUUGUAUCUGUUUGCAUCAGUUCAAUAUUGGACACUUAUUUUGAAGGCGAACCGCAAAUUCCAUUGUGGCUCAUCCUUAUUCUAGCUACCAUCACACAGGUGCUUUUCCGACUUGAUACAAUAACCACUUGCAACCUGCACGGUCUCAGACAGAGUACGGAGAAGAGCAACGGUCGGUAGUUGAGAUCUGCCGCGUGCACAGAAGAACCACACUAGAACCGGACAGAAAAAAAACUACUCAAAACCUGUCAGGCCAUUGGAGAACUGAACUCGAACGUGCCUGAGAGAAAACGAAGCCUUUGUUUUCAGAAGCAGCAGGGAACCGAACCAGAGGAAAGAUGAUGAGUUUUCUGCCAUACUUCUCCGCUGAGACGUGGACCCUCCUGGCCCUCCUCAUCACCCUAAUAGUAGUGUACGGGUACUGGCCCUAUGGUGUUUUCACUAAGAUGGGUAUCCCUGGUCCCAAACCCCUACCUUACAUUGGCACAAUGAUGGAGUAUAAAAAGGGUUUCACUAACUUUGACACAGAGUGCUUUCAGAAGUACGGGAGAAUCUGGGGGAUCUAUGAUGGGAGGCAGCCUGUUCUGUGUAUCAUGGACAAAAGCAUGAUCAAGACCAUCCUGAUUAAAGAGUGUUACAACAUCUUCACCAACCGCAGGAACUUCACGUUUCUGAGCGGCGAGCUGUUUGAUGCGGUGACCAUUGCCGAGGACGAUACAUGGAGACGGAUCCGCAGUGUCCUCUCACCUUCCUUUACCUCUGGACGACUAAAAGAGAUGUUUGGUAUCAUGAAGCGGCACUCUGCUAACCUGCUGAACGGAAUGAAGAAGCAGGCAGAUAAAGACCAGGCCAUCGAAGUGAAGGAGUUCUUCGGGCCCUACAGUAUGGACGUGGUCACCAGCACAGCCUUCAGUGUGGACAUUGACUCUCUGAACAACCCUUCAGACCCCUUCGUCUACAACAUCAAGAAGAUGCUCAAGUUUGACAUGUUCAACCCACUGUUGCUCCUAAUCGUGUUAUUUCCCUUCAUAGGUCCUAUCUUGGACAAGAUGAAGUUUACUUUCGUCCCGACUGAGGUGACAGACUUCUUUUACGCCUCGCUGGCUAAGAUCAAAUCUGGACGUGACACUGGGAACUCAACUAGUCAGGUGGAUUUCUUACAACUGAUGAUCGACUCUCAGAAAGGCAACGACACAAAGACAGGACAGGAACAGACAAAAGGACUGACUGAUCAUGAGAUCUUGUCUCAGGCCAUGGUCUUCAUCUUCGCCGGCUACGAGACCAGCAGCAGUACUAUGAGUUUCCUGGCCUAUAACCUGGCAACCAACCCCCACACCAUGACCAAACUGCAGGAGGAGAUAGAUACUGUGUUCCCCAACAAGGCUCCAAUCCAGUACGAAGCUCUGAUGCAGAUGGACUAUUUGGACUGUGUGUUGAAUGAGUCUCUGAGACUGUUCCCCGUCUCCCCGCGACUGGAGAGGGUCGCCAAGAAGACGGUGGAGAUCAACGGCAUCGUCAUCCCCAAAGACUGCGUUGUCCUGGUUCCCACGUGGACCCUCCACCGUGACCCAGAGAUCUGGUCAGACCCUGAGGAGUUCAAACCAGAGAGGUUUAGUAAGGAGAACAAGGAGUCUAUUGAUCCGUACACGUACAUGCCGUUUGGGGCGGGGCCCAGGAACUGUAUCGGGAUGCGUUUCGCCCUGAUCAUGAUCAAACUGGCCAUGGUCGAGAUCCUCCAGAGUUUCACUUUCUCCGUCUGCGACGAGACCGAGAUCCCGUUGGAGAUGGACAAGCAGGGUCUGCUGAUGCCAAAACGACCAAUCAAACUGAGGCUGGAGCCCCGUAGCAACACCCCUAGCAACACCACCGCCAUCUCUUUUUAGUGUCCAACAACGUGACCGUAUGCAGGAGCACCCUACCCUGGAGUACCCUUCGCUCUCUCUCUCUCUCUCUCCCCCCACACACACAAAAGGGCUAUACGACAGACAGAAAUACUUCUCUGCACGCCCCCUCACCCCUGACCCUGCUAUAUGCUACUGAAUACUCAGUCCUGACCCUGCUAUAGGCUACUGAAUAUUCAGGCUGGGAUUCAAUAGGCUACUUAAUAUAAUAUGAUAAUCAGACUGCAUUCACAAUGAAUGUAGGAUAUGUCAGUUCAAUCAGAAAUGACCUUUAAAAUGGCACAUAGCUGACAAAGUGCUGGGAUUGAAUCCUGGUCUCAGUCUCAUGCUUGGUUUGAGUAGGACUCAGAAACCCAUUUCCACCAGAUAAAAGAAAGAUAGUAAUACUAUGGAUGCAUUAGGGGUACAUGUCUUGUUAAAGUUAGACACCAGGAGGUAUUAAAUCCAUGGCAUGAUGUCAUGUCUGGAUCCUGCACACUACUGGCUGGUGGCUGGAAUUCUCCUAGAAUGUAGAACUCUAGCUGGUGUUCUCUAGAACUGUACUCUAAUUCUGUUCCUCUGGGUGUUCUGCUGUCCAGUCAUUCCAAAAUAGAAUCUUUACUGUCUGUUGAAAUGAUCACUGCAGCUGCUUUGCUUUAACUUUAAUCAUCACAAACCAAUAAAAAUCAUCACACUAAUGAA